AUGGAAACAGCCCCAGACACCACCCCGCCGCGGUGGCAGCGAGCCCUGAAACGCAUCGCAAGUCUAAUCCUCCACCAAUGGCUCAUAAUCGGGAUCGGCAUCGUUUGCGCCCUGGCAUACUGCUUCCCGAACGUUGCCAAGCAAGGCGGCACCAUCCGCUCCGAGUACAGUAUCAUGUACGGCGUGAUCGCGAUAAUUUUCCUAAUCUCCGGCCUGAGCAUCCCGCGCCAGAAGCUUAUCUCACAUGCCCUAAAUUGGCGCCUUCACUUGAUCGUGCAGGUCAUUUCGUUUCUGUUCAUUCCCGCCGUGGUGCUGGCCAUCGUGCAUAUUAUCCUCACUGCAGAUCCUGGGGAGAAGAUUGAUCGUGCUGUGCUGGCGGGCUAUAUCUUUACUGCUUGUAUUCCGACGACGAUUGCGUCCAAUGUUGUUAUGACGAGGUCUGCGGGCGGAGAUGAUGCGGCUGCUUUGGUGGAGGUCUUGUUGGCUAAUAUUCUCGGCCCGUUUGUUACGGCUGCUUGGACUAUUACUUUGAUACCCAAGAUGGCGGUCUUUGAUCCCUGGCGGUUUGGGGGUGGGAAUUUGGGGAGUAUGUAUAAGGAGGUUUUCCAACAACUGGGGCUCAGUGUGUUACUGCCGCUGUUUAUUGGGCAGCUAGUGAGGUGGACUUGGCCUGAUCGCACUGCAUCGGUCAUGCAGAAGACCAAGCUGCCUAAGAUGGCUACUUUCUGCUUGUUAUUGUUGAUUUGGGCCACAUUUUCCUCUUGCUUUGCAACAGGAGCCCUCCAAACCCUUUCCACGCAGAGCAUAGUCUUCGUGAUCCUGUUCAACAUGAUACUCUACAUCACCUUAACAGCAGUAUGCUUCUUCUGCUCAAGACCACCACGAAUUUUCAGCUCUCGGCGCUGGUCCAAGCCCAUAUUCAAACGCAUGUCUCCAGAGGAAACCAUUGCAGUGUGCUUUUGUGGACCAGCGAAGAGCACUGCACUUGGUAUCCCACUGCUCUACGCAAUGUGGCAGCCAGUUGAUCUCUUCCUGAAAGCGAAGACAUCGGUGCCGGUGUUGCUCUAUACUACGGAGCAAAUUUGCGUGGCGCAUUUCUUCGUUCAGUUGUUUCGGUGGUGGCAUGCUAGAAUCAUUGAGAAAGAGGAUUUGGAUAACAGCACGGGAGAUGAUGUUGAGGUUGGUAUGACGGAGGUUUCACCUGGGGAUCACGCUGGACGUGUUCAUGAACAUACGACUGUUUGA